AAAAGAAGCAGCUUGUCAUCAUUACAUAUGCACAAUGUCCUAAAAUGCUGUCUAGGCGCAGUUCUGAGCUGCGGCAGAUAGGUGGCCUGUGGUCGCGCAGGCAGCUCACGGCGCAGUCGCGGUAAAUGAACGGACGGAUCAGGUAAGCGCUGUUAAUUCAACAACAGGUGAGUGAAUGACCGCGACCGAGGCUCUGCUUGGCUGUUACAUCCAUUAAUCGCGACUACAUCAAGGAAAUAAAGAUGUGAUGUGGAUUGUUUUAGUCGGAAUUGUCUGGUUAUAAGUUCCGCGUCGUGGCCACUUGUCCGAGUUACUGCAGGGUCUUGAAUGUCAGACAUGUUGUCAGGGGAGGAAAUCUUAUGCAGCACCCAGCAGGUGAUCGCGGGGCUGGAGGCUCUGCGUGGAGAGAACCGCACGCUGCUGGACAGCCUGCAGGAAACGCUCCAGAGUCAGACGCCCAGCGAGAGCGCUAGUCUGGAGCAGGAGAAGACCAACAUCAUCUUAGAGUCUCUGGAGAGGAUUGAACUGGGCCUAGGAGAGGCGCAAGUGAUGAUGGCGCUGUCAGCACACCUGGGCUCUUUGGAGGCAGAGAAGCAGAAGUUGCGUGCUCAGGUGCGGAGGUUGUGCCAGGAGAACCAGUGGCUAAGGGACGAGCUGGCCCGGGCCCAGCAGCAGCUACAGGAGCGGGAACAGGAAGUGGUUACUUUAGAGGAGCAGAACAGACACCUGCAGUUCAUGAGCAGCAUCCGCAAGUACGACCACGAAGAGCCACCUAUGGAGGAUAAAGAUUCUACUUCAGGGAAGGGGUCCCUUGAUGAUCUCUUUCCUUCUGAAGAAGAGGAGCAAUCACACAUGUCUCAGCCGCACAGUAGUGCUGCUGCUGCUGCCCAGCAGGGAGGAUAUGAGAUCCCUGCCCGCCUCCGAACUCUCCACAACCUGGUGAUCCAGUACGCCUCUCAGGGCCGCUAUGAGGUGGCCGUGCCGCUCUGCAAGCAAGCUCUGGAGGACCUGGAGAAAUCCUCAGGCCACAGCCAUCCUGAUGUUGCUACCAUGCUCAAUAUCCUGGCUUUAGUGUACAGGGAUCAAAACAAAUACAAGGAAGCGGCCAAUCUCCUGAAUGAUGCAUUGGCUAUCCGCGAGAAGACAUUAGGCAUUGACCAUCCAGCAGUGGCAGCUACUCUGAAUAAUCUGGCUGUGUUGUAUGGAAAAAGAGGGAAGUAUAAAGAGGCAGAGCCGCUGUGUAAAAGAGCUCUGGAGAUCAGAGAAAAGGUGCUUGGGACAGAUCACCCUGAUGUAGCCAAGCAGCUGAAUAACUUAGCCCUCCUAUGCCAGAACCAGGGCAAAUACCAGGAGGUGGAGCAGUACUAUGAACGUGCGCUGCACAUUUACCAGAGCCAGUUGGGUCCAGACGAUGCCAACGUGGCCAAGACCAAGAACAACCUGGCCUCCUGUUAUCUCAAGCAGGGGAAAUACAGGCAAGCUGAGGCUCUUUAUAAAGAGAUUCUGACUCGUGCUCAUGAGAAGGAGUUUGGCUCAGUGGAGGGGGACGGACGGCCGGUUUGGAUACAUACAGAGGAGGGAAGCUCUAGACAGGAUGGUCUGGGAAGUCUGAAGCGCAGUGGAUCGUUCACCAAGCUCCGGGAAUCUAUAAGACGAAGCAGUGAGAAGCUUGUUCGGAAACUUAAAGGAGUUGGAACACAGGAAACAGCCCCUCGAGCUGCUGGGAUGAAGAGAGCCAAUUCUCUAAAUGUGCUUAAUGUGGGUCUCAAAGAAAGUCAAGAGGCUGCUAUGAAGCCCAAUAGGCUGACAGAUGCACGGGGACUGAGUUCAAGCACGCAGAGUUUAGCACGCCGUGCAUCUCUGAGCGGUGACAGCUAACUUUCAGACAUGCCAUAUGACAUCAGGACUGAUGCAGAGAUGUCAGCCUCACAUCUGGCUGGUCUGUAAUGACUGCAAAGGUCAUAUUUGACAAUAAUAUGAGGAAUAGUAUGUGACGAUGAAUGCACACACUUCACAGCAGUCUGUCAAAGUGCUUCUGGAAAAGGAGAGCACACUUUG